GGCCGCGGUCUCGUAUAUAAGCGGGCACCCCUCAUUCUUCGCCCCUCUGAAGUUUCGGCGGCGGCGUAGGCAGCGGCGGCGUGCUCGUGAUCUCAACACCAGGCGCUCGGCUCCGGUCACCCGUCGCUCCAAGCAACCAUGUCGAGGAGGAAGACCAGGGAGCCCAAGGAGGAGAAUGUCACCCUUGGCCCCACUGUCCGCGAAGGAGAGUUUGUCUUUGGAGUUGCUCACAUCUUUGCAUCCUUCAACGAUACCUUCAUUCAUGUUACUGAUUUGUCUGGGAGGGAAACUCUGGUUCGGAUCACUGGUGGCAUGAAGGUCAAGGCUGAUCGUGAUGAAUCGUCACCUUAUGCUGCUAUGCUUGCAGCUCAAGAUGUUGCAGCUCGUUGCAAGGAGCUUGGUAUCACUGCACUGCACAUUAAGCUUCGUGCAACCGGAGGCAACAAAACCAAGACUCCUGGGCCUGGUGCUCAGUCUGCUCUCAGGGCUCUUGCUCGUUCUGGCAUGAAAAUUGGGCGCAUUGAGGAUGUUACCCCAGUUCCCACUGACAGCACUCGCAGAAAGGGUGGUAGGAGGGGAAGGAGGUUGUAGGCGUCUUCUCCUGGCAAUUUGCCAUCUCGUGGCUCAGGCCAUGAAGAAGCUAGUCCUUUCUGGGUAGUGUUGCAAUUUGCCAUCUCGUGGCUCAGGCCAUGAAGAAACUAGUCCUCUCUGGGUAGUGUUGCUGUUUCUAUGCUUGUCAAGAGGAGCUUUAAUUUUGCUCUAUGUUGAGGAUCAUUUACCGUUAGUUGAACCUGUGAUGUUGCACGGAUGAUAUUUUGGUUGAGGAAUUGACUUGUCAUAUUUAUGCUAAAACAUGUGUUUUCACUCUA